AUGAAAUCAGAAAGAAGUUCUUACAUGACUUGUAGAGAUAAUUUUGAAUAAGAUGGAUUCCACUCUGUGUUUGAGUUUGAUUAAUAACGUAUAUUAUUUGAUAUUAUAGAAAAUAGGCAAAAUCGGCCAACUGUAUAUGUUCGCCCUUAAUAAAAGAAUAGGAAUACCUUAUAAUUAAGGAGUAUUCAAGAAUCUAGUAUGGAGCCAUUGCUCUAUAAUGGAAUUAAUGGAACAUAGUUAUCUGAAUUAGUACCUAGAAAAAGAUAGGUUGUUCCAAUAGGACAAGUAAAAAGGAAUCGAGUUGAAACGUUGUUGUUGAGAACGAGACCAUAAAGAAAGAGAUUUUAAUAAGAAUGUUCUUUUGAUACUUCUGCUACUUUGAUAAAAUUGUUAAAUAAGAAUAGAUGGGUUAGAUAUCUAAUGAAUUUAUAUAUUUGGUUGAAUAUUAGCUUAAGAAUUGGUUAUGUGGCAAUAGUCAUAUUUUAUGUGAUAUAAAAUGAUUACAAUAAUUAAGUUGAAGAUGAAAAUAGUGAAGAAAUAAUGACUUAAUUUUAUUGGUGGAUUCCUGGUUCUUUUAUUGGAAUUAGAGUAAUAUUUAUAUUGAUAAUCUAUAAAUUACUAUGUGUUGGUGAAUAUACUAGAGAUGCAAGGAUUAAAAUUGUUUAUGAUACUUAUGAAGCUUGGUUUAAUAAGACUAUUAAUGAAAGAGAUUAAUUAUUGAUCAAAUGUAAUUCUAUGGUAAUAAGAAAUGGAUAAGAUGAAUUAUAAUUAAGGUAACUUUAAUAAUAAGUGAAUUCUUUAAAUAGAUGGCUUUUGAUACUUAAAACAUAUAUUGUUUUAAUUCCUCCUGAAUGUUAAUUCAUAUUUUUAAAAUAAAAGAGUAAUGGAUUUUUUUAAGUUCAAAAUUUUAUUAUGAAAUCAUUAGAAAUACUUUUCUUUACUCCUUAAUUAAUGUAUUUCUUAUUAAUAGAAGAACCAUUAGAUUUAGAAUUAGAUCGUUUGGCUGCUUAUGAUGUUAAUAAUAUCUGUAUGUUAGUACUUUUAGCUGACAUCAUAUGUUUUGUCUUUAUGACACUUUUAUUAAUAUGUUUGGGAAACAAUAGAAAAUAUGUUAACAAUUUAAGAAAUAAUUGA